AUGGCGAAUACUUGCGAUGAGGGAGGUAGUUGGGAUCAUGAGAAAUAUAGAAACAUUUCGCAAAUGAGCGGAAAUCACGAACCGUCCCAUGGUCUCACUCAUGACGACACUACCCCCACUCACCUGGCUUCUGAUCCAAAGGGCAAGGAUCGCCAGCCACGGCCUACUCAUCGGUAUAAACCUAAGCCACGACUCGAGAGAUACUUGGGCUUCUUGCCCAUGCUCUCCUUUGCAGCAACUUUACAAGCAUCAUGGGAAUCUUUGGCAGGCAGUCUAUACGCGGGACUACUCAAUGGAGGCCCCGUGGUCAUCAUAUAUGGACUCACCUUAUCCUUUGUUGGUUCUUUGAGUCUGACACUGUCGAUGGCGGAGAUGGCUUCAAUUAAUCCUGUUGCUGGAGCCCAGUACCGUUGGACAUAUGAGCUUGCACCCGUUGCUCCACGAUUUCUUAGUUUUAUCCAAGGAUGGGUCGUUGCAUGGUGGGCGAAUGUGGCAAUCGGGCCAUGUCUGGUUGGAACGGAAAUCCAAGGACUUCUCAUUCAGAACUAUCCUUCAUGCAAGCCCCAGAACUGGCAUGGAACACUCCUUGUGUUUGCAGUACUGAUUUUGCCAUUACUGGUGAACAUCUUCGCGCGCCGCCUUCUAGCACCAUUUGAAGUAUGGUCGGGCAUAAUUCAUUUGCUUUCGUACCCUGCAAUAAUGGUUGUCAUGAUCGUUCUUGGACAGAGACACACGAGUUUCGGAUGUCACAAUCAUGGAGUGAUAUACUCUAUCGGCUUGCUGACAGCAGCCUUUACAUUGAGCAGUUUUGACGGUCUCAUUCACAUGUCGGAGGAAGUGAACGAUGCGCCAAGAGCCGUGCCACGAUCGAUGUUAUGGGGCUUGGUCUUGAACGCUACUCUCGCAUUCGGACUCGCUAUCGCUCUACUGUAUUUCAUGCGUGACUACAGUGCUGUUCUCAAAUCUGCGACGGGGUACCCUAUCAUUGAGAUAUUCUACGUUCAGACAGGAUCCAAAGCUGCAGCGAGUGCGAUGAUGCUUCCCCUUCUCCUCUCUGGAUUCUACUCAUCCUUCAAUGUUCUAACAUCGGUCAGUCGUCUCACAUGGGCUUUCGCUCGAGACGAGGGGUUUCCCUUUUCAGCAUUCUUCUCUCAUGUUUCGCCACGAUAUACUCUACGUUCCCUCUUUCUCGUGACAGCCAUAGCCGUGUUAAUCGCACUUAUUAACAUCGGGUCUUCCGCUGCGUUCAACGCAGUACUGUCGCUAGACACUUUAGCCCUCUAUAUCUCUUACCUUGUUCCUGUCCUCUUCAUUUUGAUGAAGCGCAUACGCAACCCACAAAACCUCCAAUGGGGCCCAUAUAAUCUUGGCAAAUGGGGCAUACCGAUCAACAUCUUCGCCUUGCUGUACGGCACCUACAUCACCAUCUUCCUCCCCUGGCCAGAGACCCGACCGGUUACAGCGUCCAACAUGAAUUAUGGGGCCCCUGUCUUUGGCAUUGCGCUGCUAUUCGCGGUCGUCGAUUGGUUUGCGCCUGGUCACAAGAAAUGGAACGGCCCCACGCUUGUGAUAGCGCCCAAGUAG